AUAGCCUAGCACACGAACGUACUUGCUAUGUAACAGAAACUGGUAAAGAGAGGCAAAAAGUCUUUGGCCUUGUUCUUCCUCUUUUCUCCUCCUUCAACAAUUACAUAAAAAUGCUCCCAUUAAUCUCAACAGUACCCCAAACCCUCUCCCCUUCCCUUUCCUUCCAUUUCCAUCCCUUUCAGUCCUCAUCCACCCCGUCCCUCUCUCUCCAUAUCCCUCUCAAAAAUACUCUCCGCAUCCGUUCUAUCGACGCCGCCCAGCCGUACGACUACGAGUCUCACCUCCGCACCCAACACCUCAAAUCCCAAUCCCUCAAAAUCGCCAUUUUGGGCUUCGGAAACUUCGGCCAGUUCCUCUCCAAAACUCUCUCUCGCCAAGGCCACACUCUCCUGGCCUACUCGCGUACCGACUACACCGAUAUAGCCAAAAGCCUAGGCGUUACUUUCUACAGCAACCCACAUGAUCUCUUCGAGAGCCACCCAGAAGUUGUAAUCCUAUGCACUUCCAUUCUUUCCACUGAGAAGGUUCUUCAGACUUUACCGUUUCAGAGGCUCAAACGUAGCACCCUUAUUGUCGAUGUUUUGUCUGUUAAAGAGUUUGCUAAGAAUAUCUUGUUGAAAUAUUUGCCUGUUGAGUUUGAUAUCUUGUGUACACACCCCAUGUUUGGACCUGAGAGUGGUAAAAUUUCUUGGUUUGGUUUGCCUUUUGUUUAUGAUAAAGUUAGGAUUGGUAAUGAGGAGGAUAGGAUUAUUAGAGUUGCGAGGUUUCUUGAUGUUUUUGCCAAAGAAGGGUGCAGGAUGGUUGAAAUGACCUGUGCAGAGCAUGAUAGGCAUGCGGCAGGGUCGCAGUUUGUUACUCAUACUAUGGGGAGAGUGUUGGAGAGGUUUGGAUUGGAUUCGUCGCCGAUUAAUACCAAAGGGUACGACACUUUGUUGGAUUUAGUGGAGAAUACAGCUGGGGAUAGUUUCGAGUUGUAUUAUGGAUUGUUUAUGUACAAUAAGAAUGCUAUGGAGCAGUUGGAGAGACUGGAUAUGGCAUUCGAGGCAAUUAAGAAGGAGUUGUUUGGGAAAUUGCAUCACGUUUAUAGGAAACAGUUGUUUGGGAAUGCUGACGAGGGAGCGGAGGAGAGGCUUCAGGUGCAGAAAUUGCUUCACAAUGGUGCUCCACCUUCUGAUGAUGUUGUGAAACAGGAAACAUCUUGAAUUAUCAAUGGAUCCUCUAUGGUAUGAGAAUUUCUGUUUUUUAUUGGCUGGAUGAAGAAACUUUGGAAUUAAUUGAUUAGAAAUUGCUUAGUUAGCCUUUUGGUUUAUUUAUUUUGUUGUCGUAGCUCAAAAGUUGAGUGGAAUGCCAUGUAAAUAGUAUUGAGAAUUUAAUUUAUUAAUGAAUUUCUUUAAAAUUUUAUUUGGUUUUAGAA